AUGGCACUCGGGCAGCCGGGGGGUCGGCCGAUGGCCGCUGGCGGCGCCGUGGCCGCGAGGGCCCCUCGGGGCAGGCGCGCCGGCCGCGCGGAAACGGCGCACCGCACCGACAUGUUGUUCAGCGCUCCUCUCGUCCGGCCGCUCCUGCUCGCCUUCAACCGAGCGAGCGUCUCUCCCGCCGUCGCGGCCCUCGAUCGGAACGAGCACCUCAUCUGGCAGCCCGGCUUCGGCCCGCGCUUUCUCCUCUCGCUCGUGGCAUGCGCGGCGGUCUCGACGCUCGCUCCGCCCAGCGGGACGCAGGCGCUGCGGCUCGCGCUGCGGCGCGCAGCCGGCCGAUUCGAGUGGUGGUUUCUGGUCGGCCUCGCCUCCUCCUCGUGCUGCGCCCUGCAGCUCCUCCUCAACGCCACCCUCGCCAUUGGCUGCGCGGGCUUCAACACCGUGCUCGGCCCUCCGCGGCCAGCCUUCCUCGCGCUCGCCGUCGUGCUCCAGUGCCACCUGUGGCGCGCGGCCCUCGCCGCGACCCCUCCGCGCCUCGUCCAGGCGGCGGCCGCCACCGCGCUCUGCACCGCCCUGUCGCUCCUGCCCGAGGCGCUCCACUGGUGGGUGCACCGGCGCGACGGCUGGCGCACCGGCGGCGGGGAGGCGGUGUCGCUGCAGGUCGGCGGGAUGGGGUGCACGGCGUGCACCCAGAAGGUCCUCUCCGCGCUCGAGGCGGUCGACGGCGUCGACAACUGCGAGGUGGACCUGCCGGCCGGCGUGGCGUGGCUGCGGCUCGGGCCGCGCGCCGACGCGGCGACGCUCGGAAGGGCGGCGCGAGCCGUGCGCGACGUCGGGUUCACGUGUGACGCCUGA